UAGUAGUUUGCCAAAUGCAUGGCUGAUGCGUUCAAGCGUGUAUCCUUUAUUCAAAAACGCAAAGGCCUUUCGCGGAAAUAUCGCUUCAGCGAGUGACACCUGAAAUGAUACAUCACAAGAGAUGACCUUUCGUUUACAGCGAUUUCGGUUUCAAACUUGGGAGUUGCUGCUGUGUUGCCUUCUUUUUAAAGGCACUCUGGCACUCUCAGGCAACUUUUGGCACAUCACCGACCUGCACUGGGACCCGUCCUACGCCCUGGGAGAUGACCCUAAGAAGGUGUGCGCGUCGAGCGGUGUCCGACCCGCCGCCCAGGCGGGUGCGUUCGGUGACUACGCGUGCGACUCGCCAUGGAAACUCAUCAACUCCUCCGUUUAUGCAAUGAAGAAGUUUCUACCAGACCCGGAUUUCAUUGUGUGGACUGGAGACGACACGCCGCAUGUUCCUGACCGGGAUCUGAGCCAAGAGGCGGUGCUGAGCAUCAUCAGCAACCUCACGGACGCCAUAAAGCAGGUCUUUCCAAACACCAAAGUGUACUCGGCCCUGGGUAACCACGACUACCACCCCAAGAGCCAGCUUCCUGGAGGCCCCAGCGUCAUGUACAACCAAACAGCUCUAAUAUGGCAGCACUGGCUGGAGCCCGAGUCCCGUGAAACGUUCCAGAAAGGUGGCUAUUACACGGAGAAGCUGCUGAAUAAGACAGGCUUCCGCAUCUUGGUACUCAACACAAAUCUCUACUAUGACCGCAACUUGCUGACCAAGGACGCAGAAGACCCCGCGGGACAGUUUAGCUGGGCGGACCGGGUCCUGGCAGAGGCGGCCGGCCACAAAGAGAAGGUGUACGUCAUAGGUCACGUGCCACCGGGCGUGUUUGAGAAGAGAAGAAACAAGCCCUGGUACCGGCCGGACUUCAACAGGCGAUACGUGGACUUGAUUGUCAAGCACCACUCUGUCAUCGCGGGACAGUUCUUUGGACAUCAUCACACAGACACCUUCCGCAUGUUCUACGACUCGGAGGGUUCUCCUAUCAGCACCAUGUUCCUCAGCCCGGGGGUGACACCGUGGGAGACGACGCUCCCCGGAGUGAAGAACGGCGCCAACAAUCCUGGCAUUCGGAUCUUCGAAUACGACAGCCAAACCCUCCUGGUCAAAGACGUGGUGACCUACUACCUGAACCUGACCCACGCCAACGCCGGCUGGGAUCGCUGGGAGAAGGAAUACCGCCUCACCGAGAGCUUCCACGUGCCCGACGCCUCCCCCGCCUCCAUGCAGCGGCUCCUGGAGGGGAUCUCUACGGACCGCUGCCGCCUGCAGAAGUACUACCAAUUCAACUCGGUGAGCUACGACCUCGGCGAGUGCGACGCCGCCUGCCGCGUGGACCACGUGUGCUCGCUGCGAGAGGUCGACUACGACAGGUACGAGCGCUGCCUGGUGACGGAGGCGGCGUCUUCCGGCGGCGGCGGCUCGCUACCCGUCCUCUCUGUGGCUGCAAGCAUCCUGUUUGUUUUGAAUCAGCAGUAACAAUAACAUUUCAGACGGGUGACACGUGAAGAGGAAUGCAUGUUUGUUCGCUAACAACAGUUUUCAACCGAUGUUGCUUUUAGGACCAGUUUUUGUAUGUCAAUGCAAGAACCCUAUUGGUUUUGGAGGAUGUUAGUUACAAAAUGCUGGCGCUCGACUAAGUCCUUGUUCCAUGUGUGGGCUCUGAGUCAUUCUCUACCAAAAAUCUUCUAUCAGCACCAAUGUGCCGUAUCAAAAGCAAGAACUGUAUUGAUCUUGAAUAACAUCCAAUACAUUUUAUUUUUAUCACUUUUUUAGUUGCAUUUUUCAAUUGAUCUGGUAAACUUUUAAGGAUAAUUGCUCUUUAAUGUAGCAAACACCCUACUGAAUUGGAACAAUAUCAAGCACCACCCACUCAGUAUUCCACAAACACAUUCAAGGAAAAUUUGCUGAGGCCGAAUCAACACGUUUUGUUAGCUUCUGAUCACGACUCUCACCGAUGUGAGUGAGUGUGUGUGUAUAAAAGUAGGUAUAUAUACAUACAUGUAUAUUGAUAUACAUACAUGUGUGUGUGUGUGUAUAUAUAUAUAUAUUAGGGCUGCAACUAACGAUUAAUUUGAUAAUCGAUUAAUCUGUCGAUUAUUACUUUGAUUAAUCGAUUAAUAAUCGGAUAAAAGAGACAAACUACAUUUCUAUCCUAUCCAGUAUUUUAUUGAAAAAAAAACAGCAUACUGGCACCAUACUUAUUUUGAAUAUUGUUUCUCAGCUGUUUGUAAAUGUUGCAGUUUAUAAAUAAAGGUUAAGUAAAAAAAAAAUAAAAA